AUGCAGUCCCUCCCCAGAUCGACUCUACGACCGGCCGCUUUGCGCCAGAUCGCCAGUCGCGCAUACAGCUCCAGCAGCUUGCCUUACGCCCAGACAAUCAACAACCUGCGUAUCAACAGUGAUACCAAGGUCAUCUACCAAGGUUUCACUGGCAGGCAGGGAACCUUCCACGCCCAGCAAGCCAUCGACUACGGAACUCAGGUCGUCGGUGGAACUAACCCCAAAAAGGCCGGCCAGACUCAUCUCGACCUGCCCGUCUUCAAGAAUGUUAGCGAAGCUGUGAAGGAGACCGGUGCUACCGCCACCGCCCUCUUCGUCCCUCCUCCUCUGGCUGCUGCCGGUAUCGAGGAAGCCCUCCAGGCUGAGAUUCCCCUGGCGGUCUGCAUCACCGAAGGUAUCCCUCAGCAUGACAUGGUCCGCAUCACCAGCAUGCUGAAGACCCAGAACAAGACCCGCCUGGUCGGCCCCAACUGCCCCGGUAUUAUCGCCCCUGGCCAGUGCAAGAUCGGUAUCAUGCCUGGCUUCAUCCACAAGCGCGGCCGCAUCGGUAUCGUCUCUCGUUCCGGCACCCUCACCUACGAGGCCGUCAACCAGACCACCCAGGCUGGCCUCGGCCAAUCCCUCGUCGUCGGUAUCGGCGGUGACCCCUUCAGCGGCACCAACUUCAUCGACUGCCUCAAGGUCUUCACCGAGGACCCCGAGACCGACGGUAUCAUCAUGAUUGGUGAGAUUGGUGGUUCCGCCGAGGAGGACGCCGCCGAGUUCCUCAAGGAGGCCAACACCGUCAACGGCGGCAAGCCCGUCGUCAGCUUCAUCGCCGGUAUCUCUGCUCCUCCCGGCCGCCGCAUGGGUCACGCCGGUGCCAUCGUCUCCGGUGGCAAGGGUGGUGCCGACACCAAGAUCAAGGCUCUGGAGGACGCCGGCGUCAUCGUCGAGCGCUCCCCAGCUGGUCUGGGCAAGGCCCUCUACAACGAGUUCGUCCGCCGCGACCUGCUGUAA